AUGGUCAUUAAGAUCCCUUCUUUGACGUUCAUUAAACUCACGCCACUCAUCUCCUUAAUCCUCUAUGUCAUCAUAACCACAACGUCUAAUUCUCAUUCGGUUGUAGCCGAAGAAUUUACCAAUGAAGAAGACCCGGAGUUCUACAUUCUUGACGAAACCCACACAAUACUUUCGAAUCUAACAGCAUCAUCCAAAACCCGACUACUAGUUUCCCACCACAAAAAGAUCAGAAAAGGGAUGAGAUGUCAUGUCGCAGGUCGUCACAACAUUUGCAAUGGCGUAAAAGCGGACAAGGGGACGAGUUUGUUGUAUUGUUGCAAGAAGCACUGUCGGAAUAUCUUAGGUGACAAGAAUAAUUGUGGACGGUGUAGUCACAAAUGCAGAUUCGGGCAACGAUGUUGCGGAGGCGUAUGCACCUACGUUGGGUUUAAUUCUGAGCAUUGUGGUAAAUGCAAUAGAAAAUGUAAAACUGGGGCUAAAUGCGAGUAUGGAUAUUGUGGGUACGCUUGA